CAUGCGCACUGGCUUCUGUCAACACGAACAGGAGGCGGCGAGAGGUUAAAAAAAAGAGAAGCGGCGGCAACGUCGUGGAGCCGCAUAAUAGGAGCCGUUGUUGGUCACUUCAGCAGGAGGGCGGGUUGGAGGCUUUUUUUCCCUUUGGCUAUGAUAGAGCGGUGGGCCACCGGGUCUGGCGGCUUCCAGCAUGCCGAGCCUGAACGCUCGAGCUGACUUAUGUGGAUGAUGGAUUCAUUGAUUGCUUGCCAAUAUUGAAUUAGCAUGUGCAUAUACGUGGAAUUUAUGGACAUGACAGGAUGAAACGCAACAGACAUCUGAGCAGCAGUGACAGUUCAGACAAUGAGAAUGAUCUACCCCAGACUAUUGAAAUGCAGACUCUGCAACAUGUAUGAAUGCCAGUCAAACCUGGAAUUAACACUCAAUCCCUCUGGUCAGGAGUUUUUUCCCCCCAUUUGUUCUUGGGAUGUGAGUGACAAUGGUCCUUCAACAUCAUGGUCAUCCCAUUCCAAGUAUCGAGGUGACAGGCAUGCCUCAGCAAGUGGAAAAAAGAAGCCUGCUGAGGUAUUCAGGAAGGAUCUCAUCAGUGCCAUGAAAAUUCCAGAUUCUCAUCAUGUGAACCCGGAUGAAUGCUAUCUCUUGGCUGAUCAAUGGAAACAGGAGUGGGAAAAGGGUGUACAGGUUCCAGCCAGUCCAGAAACUAUCCCAAGUCCAUCUGUCAGGGUUAUUGUAGAAAAAGUGAAGGAAACUUUAUUUACUAAACCACGGAAGUAUAUUCGAUGCUCCACCACCGAAUCCACAGAUCCUGGAUAUAUUAACAUGUUGGAACUUGCAGACAGUGUAUGCCGCUAUGACUUAGAUGAUGUGGACAUCUAUUGGUUGGAAGCAGCAAAUGAAGAACUGAGAGAAAUGGGAUGUAGUUUGAUUCCUGAAAACACUAUGGAGAGAACUAUAGAAGCACUGGAACGUCAUUGUUAUGAGAAUAUGAACCAUGCCAUAGAGACUGAGGAAGGGCUCGGGAUUGAGUAUGAUGAAGAUGUUAUCUGUGAUGUAUGUCGUUCUCCUGAUAGUGAAGAAGGCAAUGAGAUGGUCUUCUGUGACAGGUGUAACAUCUGUGUCCAUCAAGCUUGCUAUGGGAUUCUAAAAGUGCCUGAAGGUAGCUGGUUGUGUCGCACUUGUGUCCUUGGAAUUUAUCCACAGUGUCUUUUGUGUCCAAAGCAAGGUGGAGCAAUGAAAGCCACACGGGCUGGAACCAAGUGGGCACAUGUUAGCUGUGCCUUGUGGAUACCUGAGGUCAGUAUUGCCUGCCCAGAAAGAAUGGAACCAAUCACAAAGGUGUCUCACAUUCCACCAAGCCGAUGGUCAUUAGUCUGUAGCCUCUGCAAAUUGAAGACCGGCGCUUGCAUUCAGUGCUCAGUGAAGAGCUGCAUCACAGCCUUUCACGUAACUUGUGCUUUUGAACACAGUCUGGAGAUGAAGACUAUCCUGGAUGACGGUGAUGAGGUGAAGUUCAAGUCCUACUGCCUCAAACAUAGUAAAAACAGGCAGAAUCAAGAAGGUGACUGUGAGCAAAGUGCAAAGAUCAGUGAGCAAAAGCAGAAGCAGACUGAAACAGAGAAGAAAGGCCUGCGUGCACAGAAACUUCAGGAGCUAGAGGAAGAAUUUUAUACCUUAGUGAGGGUUGCUGAUGUAGCUGGUGAACUGCAUUUCUCUGAGCAGGUGGUGGAAUAUAUUUUUGAGUAUUGGAAACUGAAAAGGAAAAGCAACUUCAGUAAACCAUUACUACCUCCAAAGGAAGAUGAAGAAAAUUGCUUGGGCCAGCAAAAGGAAGACCGAAUCCAUUCCAGAAUGAAGAUGUUCAUGCAUCUACGGCAAGACUUAGAAAGGGUGAGGAAUCUUUGUUACAUGGUUAGCAGAAGAGAGAAACUGAAAUUGUCACAGAGUAAAGUGCAAGAACAACUUUUCAAUUUGCAUAUUCAAGUCCUGAAUCAGCACACUGCUGCAGGGAUGCCUUUGCCAUUCCCACGGGAAGGACUAAUGUUCCAUGAUCCUCCAAGAAUCACGAUAAAGCUGAAAGCAACUCCAAAACCUUCACGAAGUGUCAACAGUAGUUCUGCCACUGCUGUCAAUGGUCCACUGUCCCUCAACAUUGAAAGUAGUUUGUACAGUAAAAACAAUGUGCCAACACCACAAGGCUCCAGAACUAGUGAAAAGAAGUUACAGUCUCAUCACUGGCUUAAACACGAGGAAAGAAGUAAUGGACUAUUGCUGACAGGCAGCCACCACAGACAGGAUCUUCAGGCAGGUAGUUCUUUACUAUCUGCUGAAUGUCAUGUGGAGCAGGCAUCUGGCAAGCCAUCAGCACUUCACAUACCACUACGUGGACAAUCAGCUAAUGCCAACGGAAAGACUCGAGACAGCAAUAAUCCAGGGUUACUUAAAUCAAAUGGCUUAUCAGGCAGGUCGGGCAUUGUAAUUCAGAGAGACUGUUCCAGUCAAACCUAUGAUAAGGUGACAACUCUUACAAAUCAUUUUGCCAACCAGGGCACUUUCAGAAAAUCAAAAUUGGGAGAAUUUGGUCAGUCUUGUAAAGACAGAUUGGACAGUUUAGUGAGGACUUCAGAAGACUUCCGAAACUGUGAAAAGCCUUUACGAAGGUCAUCCGCUAAAGAUCGCCUGUGGAGCAAGCAGCUUUCUGAGCAUCAAACAACAGCAGCCUACCAGGAUAACGACGGGUAUUGUCCUGAUGUUGAGUUGAGCGACUCUGAGACGGAAGCUGACAUUAGACAAGAAAGGAACAGGCUACGGAAAAGAAACUCUGAUGAAGAAAGCCCUGGCCAAGACUAUGGGAGAGAUUCUCGGUCACAGCAGCAUAACAAGGAAAGCAGAACUAGGUUAAACAUGCUUUGCCACAUCAGUUCAGUGCAGAGGUGAUCAAUACUUGAAUCAAUGAGGAUUUUGUGCAUAUGUAAUUGAGCCAAUACUAGUCCAUUUUUUUUAAUGUUCUGUAUGGGAAGGAAGUUUUGAAAUAACUGCAAAUUGCACUCAAUGACCUGGCCCAUGAACAGAUGAAUGACAAUUGUGUUUUUCUCAAGGUUUUUAAAGAUGCAAGUUUUCUUUAAUUGAAUGCCUUAUAGUGGUCUGGGGCAUUCUAACUAACCUAUUAAGGAACCUUUUAAUUAUUUUUCCUGAUGACUGGCAUUGUUUGAUUUGCAGCAUGUUUUCAGAUGCAACAGGCUGUACUAAGAGUUUUUUUUAUAAUCUCGUGGGGGGGAGAAAAAUGAUUGUGCUAAUAUUUGCUUCCAAAAAAGUGUAAAGGUUUUCCUAAAAACUGAAAGCACUUGGCUCAGUCUUGCAAUUAUAAAUUGCAUAGGAAGUAUGUGUAUUCAUGAAAGGUUCUGCAUUACCAUCCAGUCUUUUUUUUUAAUUAUUGUGCUGUAUAAAGUCUUUUACUGCCUUUUAGACCAAUCUGAAUUCUGAUUUUUUUUUAAGUCUUAAACUGCUUUUUCUCAUUCGUCUUCUACAUCCUGGGCCUCUUCCAUUGAUGAGUUGCACUGCAAUUUCACACCCCUCUCCUCAUUCUUGUUCUGGCCAGCUCUGAAGUUGCCUAAUCUUUUUGCUAGUUACAACCAAUUACAAAUUUCAACCUUCAGUAACUUAAAAUGACAUCGUAUGUUCUCAUUAAAAUCUUCUGUCAAAGUUGAGUUUCUGUAGCUCAAUUGUCUCAGACCAACAAAGCAGUUGCAAUCAAUUGCUGCCUUGUCUAGGAAGUCUCAAAGGUGAGAGGGAGGAAGUGAAAGCAUUGAUUUCUGCCAUGGAAAGGAAGCACACAGGUUUUGUUUUAAAACACAGGAAAAGAUUUAGGGUGCCUUUGCAUUGGAGAGGAUUAUGGUAAUGCAUUACAUCUGUAUCACAUCCAACCUAAGACACAAUGGUUGUGCACAUAAUUCCUGCUGCCAUUUUUCUUGAGUUAACUACAUGGAACAUUUACCUCAAAUUUGCAGCUUUUUUCCAGUGUUGGCUCUCGGAGUCUUUAAUCUUGUGAUUUAUUAGUAUGUCCACAGCUUUUUAUGUAUUGUUCAUUACUUUUGUUUUUUUUAAACACUGCAUCAUCAAGAAUAUGUCUUACCUUACAUGCUCUUUUAAGUGUAACCAGGGAGAACAAGAUUUUCCAACACCCCAUUCUUCUGCCCUCAGUAUUUGUAUUGGACUUGUACAACCAGAAGUUCAAAGUUCACCAAAAACAGUAUAUGAUGGGAUAACACAAUAACAAAUACAUUUAAUAGUUUUAAUAUUGAUGUUAGAAAAUGCUGAUUUAGUUCUACUAUUUAAGCACUAAACUACAGUGAAUUUGCACAAGCUAUUUAAUCCAGAAGUGAUGAAUCUUUCUCCUUUUCCCCUCUCCCUCACAACCACCAUUAUCUUGUCUCCAUUACUGUGUUAGAUUGACUUUAUUUCAAUUUGGGAAGGCAAUUUAACAUCAUAUGUUCAUUCCAUAUGGUUGUUGUCUAGCUCUAGUCAUAACAUCAUAAAUUGUAGCAGGAGUGGGGCAGAUGGUUUCUUUUGGCCUGGGAGCUGUUCAGCAAGAUCAUGGCCAACCCACUACCUCAACUCCACUUUCCCACUCUACUCCCUUGAUCCCCAUCUCCUUUGGUUUCUUUAGUGUCUACAAAAUCCAUUGAUCUCAACUUGAAACAUACCCAAUGACUGAGAUCUACAGCCCUCUGGGAUUAAAAAAAAAAUUCUAACAACUUACAAUGCUCUGAUUUAAAGAAGUGCUUCCCUUUUUGCAGUCCUAAAUGGCUGACCUUAUCUUCGGAUGGUGCUUCCAUAUUCAAAGCUCUCAUCCUGAGGAAACAACCAGUUAACUUCUGCCCCAUCAGAUUCAAUGACCUUACCUCUUACUUUCCCAAACUCUAAGUGCAAGGUCUUUCUUCUUUAUCUCCUCCUUGUAUGACAAUGCCCUCAUCACAAGAAUCAGUAGUGAAUCAGCACAGCACUGCCCCAAGUUAGGUGUAUCCUCCUUCAGGGUUAGAACAAAGCUAUACAUGACCUCACCAAAGCCCUAUACCAAUUCUCAAUUUUUUUCUGUAUAUGCUUGUACUCCAACCCUCUUGUUGUUGAGGCUAGGUUGCUACUUGCUUCACUAAAUGUUCUCAGUACCUGCAUGUUUUAACUUACUAGCCCUCCCAAAUCUCUCUGUACACUAAUUAGUUUCUAACUCCUAAAUGUAUUGAUUUUUUUUCCAUUCUGACAAAAGUCAAUAACCUCAGCUUUUCAAAAUUUAUGUUCCAUCUGUUCCUAGUUUGCCCAAUCACUCAACCAGACUACAAUCUUUAGGAGAUUGAAAAGUAAGCUGUGAAGACAAUUCAAUAUUGCUUUGUACUGUCAGGAAAUUUGAAUAUAUUGCACUCUGUCUUACCAUUUUAGUCAUUAAUAUAAAUUAUAUAUAGCACUAAUCCCUGUGACACUCCACACACCUCACUGGUAAAAGUAUCAGACUUGAAAAUGACCCAUUUAUUCCUGCUGUUUUCUGUCCUUUUAAUCAAUCAUCUGCCCAUGUGAAUAUUUUACUCCCAAACCCAUGUUCCCUUUGGCAGAUUAUCAAAAUAUUUUUGAAAGUCCAGAUUAACAUUCACUGGUUGCCCUGUUGGGUAUACCCUUGUUGACUCUGCUAAAAUCAUUGACUUUCAAAGUGCCCUGCGACCACUUGCUUAAUAAUGGAUUCCACUGUUUUCCCAAUGACUUAUGCCAGUUCAACUGAUCUGUAAUUCUCUACUUUUUUUUUGAUUCCAAUAUCUAGAGAAUUUUGGAAAUUAACUAUUAAUGCCUACAUUAUGUCUGCAGCCACUUUUUAAACAUGCUGUAAUGUAGACCAUUGGGUUAGGGGUUCAGAUUUUAAUUGCCUUAAUUUCACCAGUGCUGUUUCUUUAUUUAUUAAUCUUUACUAAUGUUAAUUACAUUCAGGUCUCUGACUCUUAUUAGACCCAUGGUUCCCCACAAUUACAGUGUAUUCUUUGUGUCUUCUACUGCAAAGACUAUAUAAAAUCAGCCUUUUCCUUUUUGUCUUUUAUAAUUUCUCCCACUUUCUCUAAGGGAUCCAUAUUAAUAUUCUCUUCACUUUUAUAUACUCAAACUCUUUAAAGUCUUUUCAUAUUUCUUUAGUUUUAUCUUUCCCCAGGUGUAUAAAUCAUUGCACGGACUAAAGUGUUGUUAACACCUCCUUUAGUGUCCCUCCCCACUGGAGAUUUCCAGUUUAUUUUCAUUGCACCUGUGCACACAUGUAUUGGUGCAUAUGACAAUAAACUCGACUUUGACUUUGAAAUCCUUCAUCUUCAAUUGAUUUUCUUGCUUCAUACACCAAUCUGUUCAUUUUUAAGUUUCAUAUUCUGAGAGAAUUUUUAAGAAAAGAUUCCAGAGCUGUGAUUUGUAUGCAAAUGUCAUGGACUAAAGAAGCAGUAGUUCCUUUUAUAUAUUAGUGGGUUUUAGGUGCUCUCAGUAGCAGAAGCAGUUGUAUAAUCUUUGCUCCCCCUGCCUCUGGUGAAUAAUAUGCAUGAAACGUUUUGUGGUGCUACCAUAAUAAAUUCUGCUGCAAGUUAACACCAUAGAGCUCUUGGUGCUGUUUCUUGCCUUCAAUUGAGGCUAUUUCUUAUUUUUGAAGAGAAUUUGUCAUCCUUCUCUAAAAACGAAGGAGUACUGUAAAAUGUUAACACAAGUCAUUCUAAGUGAUUGGAGAAAUGAAAGAAAGUGGGCUGUCCUCAAUGUGUAUGGUAGUUCACGUGUUCAGAUUCGCUGUUAGUUCUCUUUAAAGUAUGAAUCUUUGUUACCUGAAUUUUGUGUUAUGUACUUCAGUUGUUUUAUAUAUUGAAAAUUCUGGAGUUUUGUCACUGACAUUUUUUUCCAGGGCAUCCUCUCUUUUACAGGUAGUUUUCUGAUUAAAAAUAGCAAAACAAUG